GCACGACAGGUUUUCCACUUUGCGGGAGAAGAGGACGAGCAGUGGCAGUAGCCCGAUAACAGUGGCUGAAGGAGUGUGUAGGGAGAUUGUGCCGGCCCGCUCCACCGCCGCCUCCCCGGUCGCUCAGUGACGUGACUUCAAACUUAUGGUUCUUUUUGUAUUUUCUUCACGUUUCUCUUGAAAAGCAAACAGUUAACAAAAAGAUGAAAAUGCGAAUUGUGUUCUACAGCUCAGGUACUCGAGUGAUUUCCAAACAAUGAUAUAUGAAACAUAAUAUGAAGAAAUGUAAUGUAGGAAUAUUUUAGAAAAGUGGAUAAGAUCUUGACAGUGACGAGGUGCAGAGCAGCCCGUGCCACGUGCUGUGCUUAGUAAAUGGUCGGCGGCAUCCCGUGACACUCUCGCCUUUAUGAUGAGUGAUGGUGAACAGGACACUGCCCGACCAGGAGGCACCUAACCCACGUGGAGAACCCUUUGGAGAGGUGACAGUGAAGCAACCCAUGGACCAAAGACAUUACCAGAACCAGCAGAGUAGCGAUAUUACGUGCACUACAAAAAGUCUGAGAUAACAGAAAUAAGCAAUAGAGAAAGUGACAUCACCAAACCCAGUAGUGUAGUGAUAUUACGAGAACUAAAAAAGAAAAAAAAAAAGAAAUAUAAACAGUGAACAGUGGACCAAAAUGACACCAAUUCCAGUACAGUAGUAACAUUACGUGCAUCAUAAAAAAACAAGUGAAAUAACAACAAAGAAACCAGAUCAAGUGGCAGCAUCGCCAGUAGAGGGGUGGUAUUACGGACGCGAGAAUAAGCCUAAGAAAGAACGUUUAAAUUUAAGAAGUACUACUACCAGACGGUCAAUAUCUCAAGGACCCUAAGCCACAUCAAGAAGUUCAGAAUAGCAACGAGUAAGCGGCGCCAGCACUUGAACACCAACCAACUAGUUUCCUUUCCUCGUUAGUCCCGCCGUUGAGUCCCUUCCUCUCCUCCUCCCCGUCAUUUACCACGACAAGCUCCUAAUAAGCCUCAGAGAUUUUUUUCCUUUUCCCUCUACAAGUUUUCUUCCAAGCCAUAAUCCCUCCACUCUUCUUCACUCUUCUCUUAUCUUCACCCGUUUUUUCCUCUUCCUCUUCCUCCUCCUCGUUUUCACUGUCCGUGUCCUCUAUCUUAUUCCUUUAUUUUAUAUUCUUUUGAAGCAGUUGUCUUUUAUCUCUCUCUUUCUCUCUUUCCUUUUUCUUUCUUUCUUUCGAACGUUUUGGGUCCAGUGUUUCGUUUCAGACCAUUUUGUUUUCUAUUCCAUAUGUUUCGUUUUUUCAAAGUAUUUUCUUGCACUUGUUUUCUUUAAAAUCCUCUCUCUCUCUCUCUCUCUCACUCUCUCUCUCUCUCUCUCUCUCUCUCUCUCUCUCUCUCUCUCUGCCACCUUUUCUAUUCCCACUCAUUUUCUUUUCCUGACCACCAAGACAUUCUUUCAUCAUUUUCUUUCGUAAGCUCAAUCCGUAGCUUCCCAACACCUCGCACUCGCCUCGCUCUUCCUUUCUCUCCUCCUUGAUUUUAUUUCUUGUGCUAUUCUUCUUCUCCUAACAAAUUGCUUCCCUCCACCCUCGAUCCUCCUCCCUUAGUAGUGUUUUCUUCUCUCCUUCUUUUCCCUUCCCACACACCUAAGUUCCUUUCUCCUCUUUACAAAGGUCUUUUCUCCACUCCAUCCCGUCCUCCUCCACCAAGCCCCGCCCUCCGCUAUGCUCCGAGGCACACCCUGGAUACCGGCGCUCCUCCUGGACACCCUGCUCUCUGUUUUGUCCGUCGUGGGCGAGGCCUCGGGAGGCUUUACGCUCGAGCAGGGCAUCCCACACUUCAAUACCAAGCCCUACUUCCUCCCGCCUCCCGCCCGCAACGUGACGGCGCUGGAGGGACAGUCCGCCUACCUGCACUGCCGCGUCGCCCAGCUGGGAGAUAAGAAGGUGUCGUGGAUAAGGCGGCGAGACCUUCACGUGCUGACAUCCGGCGUGCACACCUUCGCCUCAGACCAGCGAUUCCUUGCACUGCACGCCGACCGCUCCGAAAACUGGACUCUGCAGAUCAGGUUCAGCCAGGUGCGGGACUCGGGCGAAUACCAGUGCCAAGUGAACACAGACCCGCGGAUAUCCAUGCUUUUCACCCUCACCGUGCUGGAGGCCGCCACGCUGAUGGAUGGGUCUGACCAGCGCUACGUAAGGGCGGGCAGCAACAUCAAGCUCACCUGCAGCACCUCCAUCGCCUCCCAGCCGCCAGGACUCCUUUACUGGUACCGGGACGCGGAGAUCCUGCAGCACGGGGGACGCAUCAAUAUCAGCACGAGCCUCGAGGAUGAGACCGUCAGUAGACUCCUCGUGCGCGGCGCCUCCGUCAGCGACUCCGGUAACUACACGUGCUGGCCCACCAAGUUCCUCCCGGCCUCCGUCAUGGUGCACGUGAUACCAGAGGAGAACGCGGCUGCCAAGUCGCACAGCACAGCGAGCAACGGCGGCGGUAGCUCCAGCACCUCCAAAAGUGUCACAGCAGCGGCCUCUUCCACAGCACCAAACGGCCUCCUGCUCCCCCUGCUGCCGCUCCUGCUCAUGUUCCUUCUGUCCACCACCACGGCGAACGAAGGCAACACCCCCACACCCACCACUACCACCACCACCACCACAACCUCCAGCACCACCAUUCCAACCAUCACUACUCCAAGCCUUGCAGCAACCACCACCACCACUACCACCUCCACCAUCACCAGCAUGCGAGACCAGCUGAUAAGACGGGAAGUGCCGGAGAGAUAGUUAUAUGAGACUAUUUGGUGCAUUGAGAUAACUACUGAGGAGAUUCUCACGUAAGAUUCUCUCCUUCUCCUCCUCCUCCUCCUCCUCUCUCUCUCUCUCUCUCUCUCUCUCUCUCUCUCUCUCUCUCUCUCUCUCUCUCUCUCUCUACUACUACUACUACUACUACUACUGCCUUCCCUCACUGUCUUCACCAGUCCCCUACCUAACCCACUCAAUAGGUGUACAUUCAGUGUUUCAUGGCCCGCUGUUUUAUAAUAUCCCCUGUGAAUUCGCUACAUUCGUGCUGGCGACGGUGUUGUGUGUUACCCGGGGGAAGAAGCAGCUCCUGGUGGGGAAAGUUAAGUGUCGCGCUGGAGGAGGAGGGCAGCAACGUGUGGCUCGCUGUGGAACAUGUCCACCCCAACGAGACCCAUCGGUAUUUAGUUUGCCUAAAUACGGGAGGCUGCUGCUGCUGCUGCCCCGUGGUGACCUUCCCGGUGCGCAGUGGGAUUGGAGGGAGCAAGUUCGUACAAGAGUCUCUUUCUCUCGCUCCAUUGAACAAGACGAGGAUCCCCCGACCCUACAAAAAAAAGUAUAUAUAUCUACGUAUAUAUCAACAUAAAGACCAUCCUUAGUGUACGUUUAUAUGUCAUCACACACACACACACACACACACACACACACACACACACACACACACACACACACGACUACAAAACAAACCAUUUCGUCAAGAUCAGCUGUAUAUUUUGUGUGUACCUUGUUUUCCUGAGCAGUGGCCAUGACCAAAGGGAAAGUAUAGCGGAAGGAGAGCUGGUGUUGUGGCGUCGAAGGAAGAAAUAUUAAAGUGUAUGUACAGUAGUGUGCACGGCGCGGUGACGUAGCUGUGACUGGCGUGUGGAGAGUGAGGCGCGGCAUCAUACCAAAACCAACAGCGACUUGAGGAUAAGACUCAAGUCGUUGUAUUAUACAUCAAAAUGAGGGUAAAUGUUGUUUUAUAUGUAGCUCAACAUUUUGCAGCACACUAACUCUUCGCCCUUCUUGACGCCAAAUGUACAGACAGACAGACAGAUAGACAUGCAUACGGACAGACACGCACAGCUGCCAUUUUUGCCUGAGGAGGACGGUGAUCGUGGUGACUGCGUGCAGGUGUGUUCACAAAGCUUACAGUGAGUGUUGAGUGUUCUCUCGUGCUCUGAACAGGUGUACUUAAGGUUCGAUGUACGCAAGGCCAGCAGGUGUACAUGCACUCGUGUAUACAAAUAUGUAUGCACAAGGCCAGGUGUGUGUGUGUGUGUGUGUGUGUGUGUGUGUGUGUGUGUGUGUGUGUGUGUGUGUGUGUGUGUGUGUGUGUGUGUGUGUGUGUGUGUGUGUGUGUCUAUGUGUUUAUGUGUGUGUGUGUGUGUGUGUGUGUGUGUGUGUGUGUGUGUGUGUGUGUGUGUGUGUAUCAGCCUUCCUGGUAUUUAAUAAAAAUGUACCUCAGUUUCCCUCUCUCAAAUAUAUAUAGUUUUCUUU